AUGGCCAGUGAUGAUUCAGACAAGGUCCAGAUCGGCGAAAACAAAUUUAUAAGCAAGAGCAUUCUUCUCUCACAGCUCAACACAUACAACCUUUAUUACAAAGGAGAAGCCCUCCAGUUGAGACACAGAGAGGAGGAAGGAGAGUUGAUCAUUGAGGGGUUGCUCAAUGUUUGGGGUGUACAGCUGCCAAUCAGACUGCAGAUGGAGGACGAGAAGGAGGCAGGCAGGCCACGCCCCUCACUAACAUCUCUGAGGCGCCGAAACGGACAUCGACCCACUCAAGUCGUCACUCAAGUCGCUACAGCAGACGACCAAUCAAAAGACUUCAGUGAAGAGAAGGAAGAGACAGGUGAGGAGCAGCAGGAGUCGACACACUCUGAUCGUCUCUCCAGGGCCAGGAGUGAUGUCGGCGGAAGGAGAAUCAGCGGGCGACGGCUUGGAAUCAGGAGACUUAAGAGACACCGAUGCUCCUUCAACGGCCACUUUUACAACCACAAGACGGCAGUUUUUACGCCUAAGUUCGGCUCUGUGACCAACGUCCGCGUCAACAGCUGUAUGACGACAGCACAGGUCAUGCGGGUGCUGCUUAACAAGUUCAAGAUUGAGAACAGUCCGGAUGAAUUCAGCCUUUAUAUCGUCCACACCAGCGGAGAGAGACAUCAGCUGAAGCCUAAUGACCAUCCUUUGACGCUCAGAGUUUUACAUGGCCCUUGUGAACAGGUCAGCAAAAUGUUCCUAAUGGAGACGGACCAGGUGGAAGAGGUCACUCAUGAUGUGGCACAAUACAUCAAGUUUGAGCUUCCUGUUUUACAAAGCUUCAUUGCUAAGCUGCAAGAGGAAGAAGAAAGAGAGAUGCAGAAACUGAAGAAGAGGUAUGCAGAUAUGCGCGGUAUCAUCAAGAAAUACAUGCGCUCUUUAGCUGAUUGAACUAACGUUACACGAUGAAGCUGUGCAGGCUUGUAUCACUCGUGAACACAAUCCUUAAAUCACCAACAGCACUGUCUCAGGAUUUUUUUUUUGUUGUUAUUAUUUCUUCUUAUUAUUAUACUUUUAUUAUCUUCACAUAAUAUGUAAUAUAAUAAUACAGCAGUAUCCAAAGGUACCAUGACUUUCUCUAAAUAAGCUUCAUUGUAUAAACAGCACUGUAACUUAGCCUUCUUUUUUACAACGGAAAGCAAAUGGGUCAAAAAAUGUAACAUUGUUUGACUUUCACUCAUGCACAAUGAUAAUAAUAAUAAGCCGUAAGAAUGGUAAUUUCAAAAUUUGAUCAAAUUUAGAGCCCAUAUUGUGUGAAUAAAUAGACAAUGUGAAAGAAAAAUGCAAUCUAAUGUAUUUGCUUUAUUUAAUUGCAGAAUAUUUGUAAUAAUGUUUAUUGAUAUUAAAAGUAUUUAAUACCUUUUGUUUGUAAUGUAUUUACUAUUGUAUGUGCACAUUUUUGCCCUUGAUAAUAAACACAUUGAGACAAUUACUGAA